AAUGAGGAAAUCAAAACUCUCAUAGAUUCCGAUAUAAACAUGAGAUUUGUGUCAAACGGUUCUCUCCGAGGCUCUCAGCCGUUUGUCAUGUGUUCGAAUCCUGCGAAUACACACACAACAAGCGAUACAUGCCGAGGCAAGCACAACUUCUGGCAAACGGCAGGAACGCACACAGAAAAUGAAAUAAAACGGUUUUUUAUUGUCGGUGGUCGGGAUAAACAGUAACAAUUCCACAGCGAACGAGAGAGAGACCAUUUCGUGGAAACUCUGAAGUUUAAAAAGUGAAGUUUUCCGUGGCAGGCAGAUAAAGAGUUUUCGUUGAAUAGCAAAGACCGAAAGCAGAAAAAUUGUGAACCGAAAAAAACUCAAAAAAAAAAAAAAAAAAAAAAAAAAACAGAAAACAACAGAAAAUUAACUUCAAAAUUAGAGUAUCCAGUUGUGAAUCACCAGCAGCAGUUGCCAGACAGACGGCCUAGCAUAUUGCAGUUGCAGUGGAUUUCCCUUAGUUUGUAGUGGUGGACUGGAACAUGGAGUUAUGAAUGUGUGCGUGUGUGUCACGAAAAAAAGAAGUGUUAAAAAUCGAUAAAAACGAGAUUCGGAAGAAACGAGUUAAUUUUUUUUUUAUACAAAUAUCAAUCGAUUUUGAAAAUAAAAAUUGGAAAAAACAAUUCAACUGCCUCUAAAUAUACACAGCACACAUACACACAACCAACGCCAUACAACGUGUCGUCGAACCAAGGCCUGGUUAUAUAACAAACAACUAAUCAACUAAGCUGCUGCCUUGGGGUGUAUGCAAAACAUCCGCAACUAGGCAAAACGACAAACGUCACCAGCGAAAAAAAAUUAAAUCUCAACCGUCCCCAGCACUUUGCGAUAAAAUUAUAGACUUCCAGAAGCUACUAGAUUGAGGCCGAAUACAAAAUUAGCCAGCAAACUACAUUCAGCUGCUGUAAUUGGAACACACAACCCUACAGCUCGGCCUAAUUAUGGAGUUUUCAUAAGAUUCCAGUCUAGCUGCCAGUUGAAAAUUGAACGCAACAAAAACCCCCCUCACCAUCAGCAGCAGCAGCAGCAUCAGCACCCUUCAUCGUCACAGCCACCCAACAAGGAGUUUGAAGGAAAUUCGUCUUCUUCUUCUUCGGGGUUUUCUACAACAACAACAACAAGAACACCAACCUACUUUCUACUUCCCAACCAUCUUCACAUUGCCAUAGGCCAUGGGCAAGAAAAAAGUACCCAGUGAAGAUCUAAUUGUCCCACCACAGGACCAGCGUAUCUGCGGCACCAUAUGUGUCUGUCAAAUGACUUUGGUCUUGAGUUCGGUCGCCCUAGUCUAUCUAACCGUUGCCAUUUAUAUGCCCUCGACGCGAGCCUUUAAGAGCGGCAUCGAUGAGACACCCGUCAUGUGCACCACCACGCGAGCCGUCAACAAGGAGAACUGCGACUGGGGCUCCUGCGGUGAGUGGUGUCUGAGCAAAACGUCCGGUGCCUGCAUACAGAUCUAUGUCAACCUGCGCAACAACGGCACCAACCUCACGUUCCAGAACUGCACGAAUUCGGCCAACAAAACGUGCUACGGCAUCGACCAGGAUCGGGCCGACAAGGCGCGCUGCAUCAAUGACGAGUGUAAAAAUCUCACCGGCACCUUUAACUGCACUGCCGGCCAGUGCCUGAACAUCACCGAUGCAUUUGAGUGUGUCUUCAAGAACACCGACUCGCCGGUCAAGUGUUCCGGUCGUCGCGGGAAGAUCAACUGCAUGGACAUAACCGGACUGUAUUCCUGCACCCGAGGGACGUGUCGCAAAAUCCGGACGCCCUACAACUGUGAUCGCCGGUGCCUGGACAUCCCAACACGCAACAAGAACGUCGUCAUACUCAGCGGCGACAAGGUCUACAUGUCACGCUGUCAGAAUGCCAUAAACAUCGACACCGGCGACGAGGUGUGGAACGAGACGGAGGACAAUGUUGUCAUGGCCUCCUGCUACUACAUCAACAAUGCUGCCGAUCGCGUCGAUGCCAUUGACAAGAUGGAUGCCGUGGACUGCAUCAAUGGGUCGACGCUCGACAAGGGUAUGCUCACAGAUCUGACGAACUUCACGUACCUGAGUCAUUUGCAUGUAUCGGUGGCCACUCUGAUACCGGAAAUAGCUCCGCCCGACAUUGAUUUAACCAUAUCGAAUGAGUCCCGACUCAUGAUCAAUCUCGAGGGCUGUGUCAAUACGCUGAUGGACGAGUGCAAGGAGUUCCUGAAGGACUUUGGCCGCGAUGGCAGCGAUCAUAAUGCGCGUGCCCGGUUUCCCUGCUUCUAUGCGCCCCAGAAGAAGGAUGUUGUGGUGGCUCGCUUCGAUCUGGAGGUAACCUAUCGUCAAUUUCUGAUUGCCUCGGUGAUACCAUCGGUACUGUUUGUGGUCUCGUGUCUGGUGCUGCUGCUGUGCCAGAAGACCGUCUAUGUGGGCGAUGAUGCGAAGAUGCGCUUCAAGGGAUGUGUCGAUACGGAUACGAUCCUAUCGAAAAAUGCUUUGGAUCAGAAUCAGGAUGAUAACGGUGCCGGUGGAGGUGGUGAUGAGGUUAUGGCUCUAUGAGAUCCGUCACGCAUUCCUCUACUACAAGAAGACAGUCCAGUUCAUCAGCCCGGCAUAUUUGCAUUGCAAUAAAAUUUAUUUACUUCGUCAAUAAACAAAUACAACAACAAUAAUAAGUUCAAAACAAUUCAAAGAAAGAAGAAAAACACAAAA